AUGCAGCGGCCGGGGGAGCCAGGCGCUUCGCGCUUCGGCCAGCCCGAAGGCUGCGCCGACCACCGGCCACACCGCUACCGCAGCUUCAUGAUCGAAGAGAUCCUCACUGAGCCGCCCGGGCCCAAGGGCGCCGCGCCCGCCGCCGCCGCUGCUGCCGCGGGAGAGCUGCUGAAGUUCGGCGUGCAGGCGCUGCUGGCGGCGCGGCCCUUCCACAGUCACCUGGCCGUCCUGAAGGCCGAGCAGGCUGCGGUGUUCAAGUUCCCUUUGGCGCCGCUUGGAUGUUCCGGGCUGAGUUCUGCGUUGCUGGCCUCGGGACCCGGGCUGCCCGGCACCGCCGGCGCGCCUCACCUGCCACUAGAAUUGCAGCUUCGCGGGAAGCUGGAGACAGCGGGCUCUGGGGAGCCAGGCACCAAAGCCAAGAAGGGGCGCCGGAGCCGCACUGUGUUCACCGAGCUGCAGCUGAUGGGCCUGGAGAAGCGCUUCGAGAAGCAGAAGUACCUCUCCACACCAGACAGAAUAGAUCUGGCCGAGUCCCUGGGUCUGAGCCAGUUACAGGUGAAGACGUGGUACCAGAAUCGGAGGAUGAAGUGGAAGAAAAUAGUACUGCAGGGCGGUGGACUGGAAUCUCCCACCAAGCCUAAGGGACGGCCCAAGAAGAACUCUAUUCCCACGAGCGAGCAGCUCACAGAACAAGAGCGCGCCAAGGAAGCAGAGAAGCCAGCAGAGAUGUCAGGAGAGCCAAGUGACAGGAGCCGCGAGGACUAA